CCUCUCUGACACACUCACACACACUCACACUCACACUCGCCUGGGUACAUUUUUAAAAAUCCAUCACAUCUGAAAAGCACUUUCGCAUCCAUUUGUUUUUGCCUUUAAAAAAAAAAGAGAGAGAGAAAGAGAAAAAGAAACUAGUUGCACAGAUGAAGCAAGAGCCACAGAACGGGGAUCUUAAGAAACCGAUCCACGAGAGGCAAUCGAGACUAGCAGCUCUUAAUGAAAAACAAAAGCUGGCCCUGAGGGUGGGCAGCCAAGAAGCAGAAGGAAGAGGAAGAGGAGGCGGCAGCAGCUCCAGCCCCAGCCGGGUUCUGAAGACUCCAGGCGUGGGAGGGGGUCCCCUCAGCAGCAGCAGCAGCAGCCCCCCGAGCCUGGCCCUCUCGGUGCUCCGGGCCCAGGCUCCCGUGGCCAUGGUCACUGCCCAUCUCAACGGGGCCGGCGGAGGAGGCGGCAGCACCAGCGCCCAGAGGACCCCCCCGAGCGGAGCCCUCCACCUCCAGGCCAAGCUGGGGCCCGGGCCCCGACGACGCCCCCUCGCCCAGAAUUUGGGAACCAUUACUGCCGUGCCGAUUAAAGUUCCUCAGGUCAGCUCCUUGCAGAGGCUGGCAGGACAAAGACCAGCAGUGCUACCUCAGGUUAGGCCAAAGACCCUGAUUCCAGAGAGCCUCCCAAUUUCUCCAUGCAGAGACCAACCUUCCAAACAACCCUCAACGUUCCAAAAGGCAACUGUAGUCAGCAUCAAAAAUCCCACUCCUGCCCUUCCCACUGCCAACAAUACUGUUAGCCAUGUAAAGACUCCCAGCAGCCAGUCACAAAGUAUCACUGAGGCCACGACUAUUCCAUCACCCCUGACCAGUGCUGGUGUGGCCUAUGCCAUCAUCUCCACAUCUCCCAACAAUGCAACACCGAUCAAUAAUAGUGCUGCUGUCUCAGUGGUCAAUGACAGUAUUAAAGUGCAGCCACUUCUCAUCAGUGCUGAUAGCAAGGUUAUCAUUAUUCAACCUAAAGUUCAAACCCAAGCAGAAAGUAAAGUGGAGAUAAAGCGACCUCCUGAAGAGUCAGCUCAGGGACCCCCUGCCACCAAAAAGAAAAAGGAGGAAAAUCCAGAGAAAAUUGCCUUUAUGGUAGCAUUAGGCCUGGUUACAACUGAAUACUUGGAAGAAAUUCAGAGCAAACGCCAAGAAAGAAAGAGACGAAGCACAGCGAAUCCAGCCUAUAGCGGUCUCUUAGAAACAGAGCGGAAACGUCUUGCAUCAAAUUAUUUGAACAAUCCCUUGUUCCUGUCCACAAGAGCAAAUGAGGAUCCAUGUUGGAAGAAUGAUGUCAGCCACGAGGAUUAUUGUUCAGCAUGCAAGCAUGGUGCCAAUCUGCAACCUUGUGGAACAUGUCCAAGAGCCUAUCAUCUCAACUGCUUGGACCCUCCCGUAAAGACUGUCCCCAAAGGAGUCUGGGUUUGCCCUAAGUGCCAAGAAAAGGUGUUAAAGAAAGAUGAAAACAUGCCUUGGGCUGGAACUCUGGCUAUCGUUCAGUCUUAUGUUACUCAUAAAACAGUCAAAGAAGAGCAGAAGAGGAAGUUAUUAAAGAGAAGCAGUGAAUUGAGGGGAGAACACAGGCAGCUAGAAGAAAAAGAAUGCCACCUCACUAAUGCAAUGAAGAAGUGCUUAGAGCUAAAAAGCAGCCUUUUGGCCCAGCAAAAAGGGGUCCAGUCAUCACUGGAACGCCUCAAAACUCUCAUUAGACUGAUACAGAAUGAGCAGAUGAUUCAGGUUACUAUGACAACUACCACCACCUCCUCCCUGCUGACUGUCCCCUGGAUCAAACCGUCUUCUGCCUCAGCUGCCGCCACCGCCGUACACAAAGCCUUGCAGCCAACACAGGGUAACAACUGACAGGCUGCCUGCAAAUCUGGUUUUUCAUUAAAAAACAACACAAAAAGACAGAAAAAAUGAACUUGGGACACAUGCGAACACACAUACAAUGCAGAUGGAAAUGCUACAAGGGCGUCAAGAAAGAAAACCAGGAGAAACUACGUUGGUCCAUUUUUAUUAUAUCAGGAUGUUGGAAAACACCCGUUGGUCCACUUUCUAGCUGAGUGUCAUGGCAACUUUUGACAGAGCAGAUGUCCUGCUGCAGUUUUCUAUUGCUGAGAUCUUCAGUGUUAAUAUUCUUUUCUUCUCUCUCUCUCUUUCAAUCUCUUGUUGUGUUGGCCUUAAUGUAUUUAAUGAGUAAGGAAAAUGAAGCAGCGUAUGUUGGCCGGUGGGGAGGGAGGAUGAUGAUGGAAUGGAGUAACCUUUGGGGAGGGCAGAUGGUUGAAAAAUGUUUUCCCUUUGAAGGGAAAAAAAUAGUUUUAAAUACAAAGAGUUAGUGAGCUAGUAUGCAAGGUAGAUGGUAGUGUCAAGAGCAGAAAUUUAAAUUGGUAACAACAAUAAAAAGUGAAUAGCUUGGAACUUAAUGCGAGUUCCUGAUUUUUAAAAAGGAAUUGAAGGAAGUCAGUUGUGUUGAUUCAGGUUGAACUGGACAUGGGGCUGGUUGAGAAGUAUUACAUUUGUGGAGCACUCACAGAGCCUUCAAAAUCAAAUCAUUUUUUCAGUAUUAUAGUGGAGAAUUACAGAUAUUUAAAUAAAAAUGUAUGAAAUUAGCAUUUCUAGUGAAAUAUUGAGGUAUUUUCAUGCUGAUGCUUCUGUAUAUGCAUUCUAAAGUAUUUAAAGAGGUAUGCCUGCAAAACCCCUUAAUUUUGCAGGUCCUUUCCACUUAUUUUGCUAUUGAUGUAUUUUUCUCAUGGGAGUUUUUUGUGCAAGGUUUAACAUAAACAUGAUAGUGACAAAUAUCUUCAGCAGGUUGGAUCUUUCUUGGUUUGGGGUGGGUCAGAUUUCUUUUAAAGAAAGAAAGCAAAUAAUAUUUGUUGCUGCUUUUUUUUCCAGUCAGAAUAGUACAGACGUUAUGCCAAAAAACUUUACAUGUUUGUACUACAUUUUUAUUGUAAAAUAGAAAAUAUAUAAAAUGUUUCUUUUUUUCUUCUUCUUUUUCAUGCUUGCAGAAUUAUCUGCUAAAUAGUACAGGAAAUAAACUGCCUCAAGGGGUUAUUUUUAUUUUUAUUAUUAUUAUUAUUUGAUAUAUCAGGAGCUUUUGGGGAAAAGAUGGGCUGUCAAAUUCUGAAUAUUAUUUUUUAAGUAAUUCUUUUUAUAAUUUUAUUAAAUUUAACCACACAUGAGACAUUUAGCAUUAGCCUGAAAAAUGCUUAGAGAAUGCUUUUGAUUUAAUUUUUUUUUCUCACUAGCUAGUCUUCCUGAUGCAUCAAGGGUCAGUCUGGCCCCAUCAUGGGCUAAGAGUCCUAUGUUGGAAACCUGAGGCCUACCUCAGAAGUUAGUGAUGGGCAAACAAGUUUCUCUUCAGCACAGCUUUUCCACAAUCUGCUUUCUUCCUCAGUACAAGAGGAACACCCUUAAGCAGGAGCACUAUUUCAGAUUUCAGGGGCUGGAGACGUUUUACCUAAUAUUUGAAGGUUUGCUCUUGGAUAUAGUCAAGCUUAAUAGCAUAUUCUUGUAUGUAUCUAUUCCAAACAAAGGUGUGCUACAGACGCGCCUAUAGUACGUCCCCAGCACGUGCUAGGGUUAGGAAGGGGCAUCACUUCCUGACAUCCCUAACCUUAGUACGUAUUGGGUAUGUACAAAAUGGCGGCGCCCGUCCACAUGGUUGCCGCCAUCUUGACGUAGCGGACGCAUAGCAUCUGCACGUUGCAUCCCAGAAGUGACGCCAUGGGUGCAUGACUAGUGCCUCACGGCGCCACUUCUGGGGCGCAAAAAGAAGCGCCAUUUUCGGGCUUCUUUUUGCCGCGCCCGGGAACCGUGCGGUUUGGCCACUGCGGUUCCCGGACGCAGCAACCGUCAGCACCGUCAGACCGCCACUUUCAGGCGAUCUGUAACGCACCUAAGUUCCACUGAAUCUAAAAAAACAUACCCUUAUUUCCAGGUAAGUGUAUUUCAGAUUGCAAGCUAAAUUGAAAGGUAUGUUAAGACCAUUUGUUAAGGUUAGCUUUUAGUCAUUCACUAUUACAGCAACUUUAUCCCCACAUUUUGUUGCUUUAAACAAAGAGAUCCCCUUUAGGCUUACCUAAAACACUAAACCAUUUAAUUCUUUUAGUCAGCCUAUUGAUGCAGGGACUUGGCCAGAAAUGGAAGUGCUCCUGAGAAAGAAUCACAAGUGGUCAAAAACCCAAGGAAGGGCAAGGAGUAAGGCACUCUUGCUACUCUCCCUAAAUGACACUCCUUUAUUUGAAUGGGUCAAAAGCAAGAAUCCAUUCCCACAUGCCACAAGUGAAGCAUUUCACACUAGCCUGUCACAUGGUGCCGAAAAGUCAAGGGAUUUGGCUUUUGACUGAUUGAAGGUUGCCCAUCACUAGGCAGCACACAGUCCCUUCAACCAUUUUCACAACUCCGGGAGAAACUGUGCAGUACUAUACAAAUCUAUUUUAAUACACUUAACACUCUGUUGAACAAGAUUUUUAUAUUCUUUUAUUGAUGAACAAAGGUGAUCUAAGUCAAACACAGUUGUGAUACAUUGGUUAUUGUAUACCAGUUUAUGCAUUCAAAUGUGGCUUGCAAUGUAAAUGUUUUCAGGUUUAAUGGUUCUUUUCCCCCUUCUCAGAUGAAUUUUAAAAAGAAAAGGGAAAAGCACAGAAAGUUGAUUUAAUGUGAAGACUUUCUGAAGAAGUGUUUUUCUGGGACUGAUAAAAAGUAGUUAUUUUGGAAAAAUGGACUGUCCCGUGGAUAGUGUGCAUAGAAAACAAAGUGUGUGUCUUAAAUAUACCAAUGUAGUUUACUUCUUUAUGAUGAAUUAAACUUGACUGACAUAUUUAA